AUGACAUCAAGUGACCUACAAAAAGAAGGCUUCAGCAAGGCUAAAGUACGCAUGAAUCAAGCGACGUACAAGGUUGUUAUGGAAGAAAACUUGCUUCCUUCUCCCCUGACAAUGUUCCCCAACUCUGAGGAGUGGAUUUUCCAGCAGGACAAUGCUCCUUACCACACAGCCAGGAUGGGCCCUUAUGGCGUGAUUUCUUCACUUUUCUUGCUUUUGCCAAGCAUCCUGCCACAGGUGACAUCCAGUGACAGUGUUUACUUGUUGGCUGUGACCUCCAAGGCAGUAGGGGGCACUACAGAGACGCUAUGUGUCACGGUCAACCCCUCUGGACCUGUUUCACUAGUAGUGACCAUGACGCAUAAGCACAAGAGCGUUAUUCUUCUGAAGGAAAAGUUUAUCAGCCGCGAAUAUCACCGCUGUAUCCCAUUCAAGGUUCCUGUUGUAAGGGUGGAAUCAGUGGCAUGUAUAAAGAUUCAGAUUAAAGGGCCAAAAACUUCCCUGAAAAAGGACACAAAGAUCCUUAUUACACCUCCAGCAGAUCUGAUCAUCAUUCAGACAGACAAACCCAUUUACAAACCAGGACAAAGAGUGAAGUUCCGCAUCGUGUCUCUGGACACCAAUUUCCUCACCUACGAACAGGCGUUUUUGGCAAUAGAAGUGCAGGACCCGAACUCAAACCGCAUUGGUCAGUGGCUGAACGUCUCCACACACAGCGGUCUUGUGGAUCUGUCAUAUCCCAUAAACUCUGAGGCCACAAAAGGAUUUUAUAUCAUCACUGUCCGGGAUAUGGAAAAAAAUGAAUACACACAAACCUUCCAAGUCAAGGACUACGUUCUGCCGACAUUUGAAGUGACGGUACAGCUUCCUCCAGUUAUAACCAUCUUGGACACAUACGCCACACUGAAAGUGUGUGCAAAAUAUCCAUAUGGAAAGCCAGUGAAUGGGACGGUGAAGGCCACCGUCUGCCAUGUCAGUUAUAAAUACCGGUACUGGUGGUUCCCGCCAAGAAUCACACCACCAGACAUCUGCAAGAGGUUUGAAAUGAUGACUGACAAGAGGGGCUGUGGAGUACACAUUUUAAAUCUGAAAGAAUUUGCAUUAACCGAUUCACGCUAUGAAGAUUCAAUAAUUGCUCAGUGUGAAGUGGAAGAAUCUGGAACUGGUGUGAAUCUGACUGGUUCCAGCAGCUCUCCUAUAACAACUAAUAUGGUCACAAUUUCAUUUGAGGAUUCACCAACAGUGUUUAAGCCCGGAAUGGCAUAUGAAGGAAAGAUUAAAGUGAUCAACCCAAAGUCCAAACCUGUAGGAAAGAAAGUAGUCUAUCUGACUGUGAUGAAUAAAGGACAUUUGGUUCAGCAAGGACGUAUCUUAGAAGCCAUCCACCCUGGAAAAGAACACAGGGGCAAGCUUGUGGUUACUCUGAAGAAGAUGCUAAAGAUGACUCCGGUUGCACAGGUGGUCCUGUACACAGUACUUCCCAGUGAUGAGGUCGUGGCAGACAGCAUGAACUACCCCAUUCAGCUUUGUUUGACUAACAAGGUGUCUCUAAAGUUUUCACAUCCUACGGAGGUUCCUGGUGGUAAGGCAUCACUGUUGCUGAAAGCUGCUCCAGGUUCUCUGUGUUCAGUGAGGGCAAUAGAUGAGAGGCUUCUGCUGCUGCACCCAGACAAUGAACUCAACAUCCAAUCGGUGUUCAACAAGCUGCCUGUACAGGCGUUAUCAGGAUAUCCGUACACAAUCAUUGAAGAGGAUUCAAAACGUUGCUGGGGCAUCCCCCCCUUCAGGAAUAUACGACUUGCAGCAUUAGUGCAAAAACCAAGUGUUUAUUUUCAAAAUUCUGGAAAGGUGGAUGUGUACAACACCUUUAAAGAUAUUGGAAUCAAGAUUCUCACCAAUGUGAAAAUAAGGAAACCUUGUAUGAAUGGUUUGUGGUUAAGUGCAGCAACGCGACUCAUGUUUGACGAUUUUGAGGCCAAAGAAUCCAUUUCAAUUGCCUCAAGUUCAAACCAACCACUUGUUACCAUCCACAAAUAUUUCCCAGAGACAUGGAUCUGGGAUCUCGUUUCAGUCAGUCAAUCUGGAGCACUGACCAUUAGUAAAACCGUCCCAGACUCCAUCACUAAAUGGCAGGCUGGCACAUUUUGUACAUCACCUGUUGGGUUCGGACUUGCCCCGAAAACUACUCUCAAAGCCUUCCAGCCUUUCUUUGUCACUCUCACCGUGCCGAACAACGUCAUCCUAGGAGAAGUGUUCACCGUUAAAGCCACCGUCUUCAACUACCUCCAGAGCUGUAUAGUGGUGAAGGUGACUUUGGCCAACUCACAAAAGUUCUCAGUAAAAAAGUGUAACGGCUGCCAGUACACAAAAUGUCUGUGUGCUGAUGAGAGCUGGACCUUCUCUUGGACCAUCACACCACUGGUUCUGGGGGAGGUGAGCAUCAGUGUGACAGCGGAAGCUGUGCAGUCGUUGAAUCUGUGUGGUAAGAGACCAGUUACUGUACCACAGAAAGGACGCAUCGAUUCGGUUAUUAAAAAACUGCAAGUGCUGGCUGAAGGAGCCAAACAGAUUGAAAGCUACAAUGAGCUUCUCUGCCCAUCAGAUGUGGCUGAGAAGACGGUCUCACUAACCCUGCCUAAGAAUGUCGUGGAUGGUUCGGCCAAGGCCUCAGUCUCUGUGCUGGGAGAUCUGAUGGGCCGAGCUCUACAGAACCUGGCGAGUCUCCUUGCGAUGCCGUACGGUCCUGGAGAGCAGAACAUGCUGCGCUUCGCCCCCAACAUCUUCAUCCUGCUCUACCUGGAGAGCACCAACCAGCUCACGCCCCAGAUCAGGAGCACAGCCGAGACCUACCUCGUGACCGGAUAUCAGAGAGAACUGACCUACAAACACAAUGAUGGAUCUUACAGUGCUUAUGGGAUGGACGAUGCAUCGGGGAACACAUGGCUGACGGCGUUCGUGAUGAAGUCUUUCAGACAUGCGAGGAGAUACAUCUUUAUAGACCAGGUGUUUGUGAAUCAGGCGAAGGCCUGGCUCGGUCGUCGGCAGCAGCGUAACGGAUGCUUUGCCUCAGUAGGACAACUCUUCCACACUGACAUGAAGGGAGGGGUGAAUGAUGAGGUGACCCUCUCUGCGUACAUCAUAGCUGCAAUGCUGGAACUCAAUUAUACAAUUACAGAUCCCGUGGUGAACAAGGGUCUUAGCUGCCUGAGGAAUACGUACACUCAGGUGAACUCCACCUACGCCAAGGCUCUCCUCUUCUACACAUUCACUCUAGCUGGAGAUCAGGCGAUGAGGAACACACUCAUAUUAGACCUGGAUGCAAAGGCCAUAGUCUCAGGAGGCGGGAGGCACUGGAGCAGAGUGAAUAAUGGGUCUGUGACGGACUCUUUGGAGGUGGAGAUUACCUCGUAUGUGCUUCUGGCUCUGAUGUCUGGACCCCAGCUCUCCGGGUUUGAUCUGGGUUACAGCAGCAGCAUCGUCCGUUGGCUUUCUCAGCAGCAGAACGCCUUCGGGGGCUUCUUCUCUACACAGGACACUGUCGUGGCUCUCCAGGCUCUGGCGAAAUACAGUCUCGCCACCUACAGUCCAACAGGAGAUGUUAAUGUUACUAUAACAUCACCAUCAGGGGUGAUUACCUCGUUUACCAUCAAUCAGAGUAACAGGCUGCAGUAUCAGAAGAGCAAGCUACGGGAGGUUCCUGGAGAUUACAGAGUCACAGCAGAAGGGACAGGUUGUGUGUACGUGCAGUUCACUUUGCGCUACAUCAUCCCUCCUCCUCCUGACAGCUCUUCAUUCAUCAUCUCGGCCUCAGCGUCUGGAAACUGCAGGGUCCCAAAUCAACCUCUGGAAGUGACCGUUACUGUCAAGUAUAACGGUCAGCGUUUGGAGACCAACAUGGUGAUCAUCGAUGUCAAGCCUCUUUCAGGAUUCAGGGUGGACACGACGUCUGUGCAGCUUGUGAACAGCAAUUCAAACUCAAAGAAUGGAGUUGUGAAACGCGUGGAUCAAAUUGGGUGUAACGCAGUUAUCUACCUGAAUAAAGUAAACACCCUGAACACAUAG